UUUUGACGGGAUACCUACAUCCGGUUAAGGGGUCCUCAUAGCGCGGUGUGUGCACAGACCAUAGGCACAGGCAGUAAAAGAAGUCGCGGUUAAGUUGAGCCACUGAGUUAGCUGGUGAACAAUCUAAUAUUUUCAACAUGUCUGGGAGAGAAGGAGGAAAAAAGAAGCCUCUGAAGGCACCCAAGAAAAACGCGAAAGAGAUGGAUGAUGAUGACAUGGCCUUCAAGCAGAAACAGAAGGAGGAUCAGAAGGCUAUGGAGGCCUUGAAGGCCAAGGCUUCAGGAAAAGGACCUUUAACUGGUGGAGGAAUCAAGAAGUCUGGGAAGAAAUGAAGCACUGUAAAGACCUCGUUACAAACCUGGGGAAUACCUCAGAAAUGUCCCCCUUUUUAUUUGGGUCCAGAUUUGGAAUAUUUUUAAUACACAUAACAGGAUGACUUCAUGUCUCUUGUGAAGAGAGAAAAUUAAAAAUAAAUGUCUUGGCAUCUAGUGAAACUUCACAUUUUUAAAGUAGUGUGACUGAUUGUACAAAAUGUUGUCUAUUAUUAGCAUGGGUCUAGCACUGUACUUGCACUACAUGAUGUAACCGCAGUGGACCACAGAGCGGUCUGUGUCUAAUGGGCGUCCUGGUGCCCCAGCUUGGCCAUUUUAAGCCUCAGCGUCUCCAUCUCCAAGUUCAGCUUCUCGCGCUCAAGCAGAAGGUUCCCCUUCUUUAUCUCCUGGUCGUCUCUCCGCCCUGGUCGUCUCUCCUCUCCUAGUUGGGUCUCGUCAACAGCUUUCAGUUCCCCGGUACCUGGGGGGGAAAAAAAACCAAGAAUGACACUUCAUUUUUGUUUUAUCCAAAUGUCCAAAUCUCAAAAAGAAUUCACUCAUAUAUUAUUACUUAAUCUUGAUGCCUGUGUACUGAAAUUCAUUGUAUAGAUGUGCAUUUUGUUGCUUAUGUGUUUUUUUUUUUGGUUGAAUGUCGAGGGUGUGGGAGUAGAAUGGACCGGGUGAAGGGGAAUGUCUGAGAAUAAACUACAGUCAUGCUGCUUA